AUGUUCCAUAUUGUUUCACGACCUGGUCCACCCCCAACAAGUUGUCGCACAUGCAGAAAAAGACGGAAAAGGUGUGACAUGUCCAAACCGUCCUGCAAUAGCUGUCUGAAGGGCGGAUACGAAUGCCUGGGAUACGACUACGACCAUCCUCGACUCAAGAUACAUCGGAGUCAUUCCGAUAAUGCUCUCAUAAACAUAUCGGCAGACGAAUCAAUACCCAAGUCACCAGAUUAUCUUGCAACUGAAUUGCCUAAUACUUGGCAAGAUACAACUGACAUGAGGGGAGAUCAUGGCUUGACGCGUUCUAUCCUCGGAGCCACCCUGCUUUACAGAGCCGGCGGCUGCAAACCCACCCCAGCUAUGGGUGAUGACUCUAUCGAAGGCUCUUCGGGCGAUUUCGACCGCUCAUGGCCUCAGGACCAGAGCCAAUCAGUCACAUACUCGGCCUCAUUGACACGCCAUUCCGCCUCUGCCAUUCCGCUAUCGAGUGAAGGUCAGAAGGUCAGAAACACAGAAGAUGACCUAAUAGAAGAGAUCGGAGCUGUCUUUCGGUCAAUACCUGCCUCGAUAGAUGCUAUGCAGACUGUCAGAGAGUAUCACUUUGCGCGCGUUGCCAGGGAGUAUGCUUUCCAGGCUCACAACCUGUGGUUCCUGUCCCCUCUACCUAAGAUUCGUGACUACAUAGCGAGUGAGACGAUAGGGAAAAGAACGCUGCGGGCGAUGUACGUUGGAGCAACAGCAUUUCAGCUGCUCAGUCAGGACCCCCAGAGCAGUAGUCCAAUAAUCAAAAGACAUAUUGACUGGAUAGAUGGUUAUGGGCAGAAACUUGCUACCAAUGUUCGUAGGAAUUGCUCCCCGAGCGACAUGCUGGACUAUUUUAAUGCCCAUCUUGAGCUAGUGCUACUAAAGCUUACGAUACAGCAUACAAUUUCGGCAUAUACUCUACUGCGCACUGCCCUGCCAAAUUUUCUUCUGCUUGCUACAGCCGAUCCUGAUCUAUUGACCGAAGAAUCCAAUGGAAGCCUGACAAUUUCAUUCGAUCGCGCACUUCGUUCUCCCCGGGAUGAGCUUGCGAGGUUUAUUGGUAGCGACGCCAUGCUGUCAUUUUUGUUCAGUGUACCACCCUUAGCGGAAUAUGCCUACGACAGCGCGUACGAUCAUGACCAGUUUGAGUGGGUGCACGGACUCUCCAUCUCACUCUUACAGAUCAUCUCUCAGGUCAACUCAUGGAGGGCUGGAUCUAAAGUCUGCAUCGACGACUGGCAAACACUCGAGCAGCGCGCUCUGGCAUGGCGAUCACCCUACGAUACGUCAGAUGUGCCUUUCGUUCCUGAGAGCGCCACUUCGGAGAUGGCUGCUGUACGAGAAGGCUGGAGACAUGUGGUACUGAUAUACAUCUACAUGGGGGUCGAUAGGGUAUAG